AACAACCCCCCCCCAAAUAAACCAAGUAAAAUAAACCACAAUGCCUCAAUCAAGCACUCCAUACCCCUUCACAUUCACCAAUUCAUCGUCCCCACCUCAAUCAAUAGAUGGAACAAUCCGCAGCAUUUCCCUCACCAUCCCCAAUGUCCGAGGCUGCAUCCCCUCCACCCAAGCAUCCCGUCUCCGCACAAUGAUGUUAGAGUCGCAUCGCGAUCCCUCCAAGAUUCUCGCGUUUCCAUGUAGCUAUGACGGGCUAUCAUCACGACUCAUUGAAGAAGCGGGGUUCCCGAUGCUAUUUCUAUCGGGGUUCGCAGUCUCCAGCUCCUACGGACUACCUGAUACGGGGUAUAUUGCGAUGGAAGAGAUGUGCUCCAAGGUCCAAGAAACAGUCCGAGUAACCACUCUUCCAGUGAUGGUCGAUGGGGAUACGGGGUACGGAAGUCCGAUGAAUGUACGGAGGACGGUAGAGUCAUUUGCAGCAGCAGGAGCAGCGGGGGUGAUGAUUGAGGAUCAGACUUGGCCUAAACGAUGCGGGCAUACAAAGGGGAAGUCUGUGGUUUCGCGUGGUGAGGCCUACGCUCGGAUCCGGGCUGCCUGUGAUGCGAGGAAUGAGGGACGGGAUAUCUUUAUCCUGGCUAGGACUGACGCCUUGAUACAUGGAUGGGAGGAAGCAAUGGCGCGGGCGAGAGAGUUCAAGCGUUUAGGCGCUGAUGCGGUGUUUGUGGAAGCUUUGCCUGAUCGAGAGUCCAUGAGACGAUGCGUGGAGGAGUUGGAUAUGCCCAUGCUGGCUAAUAUUAUUGAAGAGGGCAAGACAGAGAAUCUCUCUGCCAAGGAGCUUGCGCAACUGGGUUUCGCAGCGGUAGCAUAUCCGUGGACCUUGGUCGCGGCCAGGCUGAACAGUAUUCGGGAUGCGCUGGAAGGGCUGAAACGGAGCAUGGUUGAGGACACGGCACCGCCUGUUAUUCUCGGGUAUUCGGAUGUGUGUGAGGGAGUUGGGUUUAAUCAGUAUUGGGAUCUGGAGGCACGGUACGAAUACGACCAAGAUGGACUGGUGAACCGUUGAUUGGGGCCGGGUAGAGUACUAUAUUCGGCUAUCUCGCUCCGUUGAUGCAAACUAAGUAUGACAGUAGCGUCUUAGGCCUUUAUCAAAUGAUCGGGACAUGUCAAUUACAAUCUGAAAGGGCAGGAGUGCUGUGCGGAAAGGAUGUAGAUUCGGCACGCUCCGGGGGUGGUUGCUAUAUAACUUUCUUCCUGCAUGCCUACACAGUCGUCUAUAUAUUUGCAGGAACUAUCUUCUAACACAUCAUUAGUGUAUAAUCGAAUAUAGAACCAUGAAGAUGUCAAGUAGAGCAAUUGUAAUAGGGUAAAGAGGACCCCGUGACCAAAGGAGUAAUUUGAUCCGGUGGAAACGAAGACCCACCCCGCUCUAUAUUUGGAAUGCUGUCC